GGCGCGUCGUGUGUACUGUUGUUGCUUCUCGCCUGUGUAAAUACGCGCGGGAGAGUGUCAAGAAGUCUGGCUGUAUUUUCGCGGCUCGUUGGGCGGUUCUUUUUUUCUCGUAAUACCGUCCCUCGUGCUGGGUAAACAGUUUUUAUGGUUACGCGCCGCGUUUGAAUAUUUUCGAUGAAUGACACACGGCGUUCGAACGACGCGGAGCGUGAAUUGCCGAUCGUCUCCACGACAGCCGCGAUCGACCUUUGUCCAAACAAACUUGCGGCCCGCCAUCUUCUCGUCUCGACGAGUCCGGUCUCGCUCUCUUCGUUUUUUAUUUAUUUUUUUCGCUCAAAAAUCUUCUCUCCUCUCGACACGACCGCAUUCGUCGUCUUCUAAAUUUCGCGGAGUGAGAAGUCUUCGAGAAGGAUGUCGCGCGCGCCGAGGUUCGAGGCGCUGGUGGUCAACGCGAUAAGGAGGUUACAGGCGGCUCAAGGAUCGACCGCCAGCGAGAUCGCGAGCUACCUCAACCAGGAGUACGACGUCGGCGGACCCGAGGUGCGCAAGCAGAUACAGCUGACCAUCCGCAGGGGAGUGAACUAUGGGAUACUCCAGAAGUCCAAGAGGGGCUACAUCACCUGCGACCGCAACAUCCCGGAGCCCCUCGAGCCCUUGGACGUCUCGGACUGCAACACCUGCAGACGAUCGUCCCGUCGAAGUCACCGGCGCGGUCGAUCCUCCCGUCGCGGUCGCAAAGGCAAGAAGAGCCGCAGCCGACGCAUGGGUUGUCGUACCUGCCCCGGUAACCGGAAACGAGCCCACGGCAGCGUCAGGAAGGCCAGGAUGGGACGUCAGAAGAAGCCGAAAAUGGCCAGCCCCGAGAAGGCCAAGGUGAAGAAGAACCCGAGCAGCGAGGAGUCGACAGCCUCGCGACAGGCGAGUCGCACCAGGGCUAACUCCAAGAGCCCGAUGCGCGAGGACGACGACAAUCAGGAGUCGUGACCGCCUUCGCUCCCUUGUAUCUCUUCUGGAAGCGACUUUUGAAACGUGAUCCGAACUUUUCCCGCGAAAUAAAUCGUCCGAGUAGCUCCGUGUGGAAA